AUGGGGAACCAGACGAGCAAGAAGGCGAGUCCAAAGGCAUCCGCCCGCACCCUGGGCUCUGAGACCGAUUACCUUUCUGCCAAUAGUAGCCAACCCUCCCUCCAAGACGCCAAGCGUGACUCUCUCUCCACUAGACCAACUGCAACUACGACGGGACGGAAUGGAGGCAGCUCCAUCGAGGCAGCCAAUGGGCGUGUCCAAGGAACAGCAACAUCUCAUGAGAAGAACACCAAUGGCAACAACAGUAACAAUAACCCAGUGUCAUCUCUAUUGGGUCGGUCCUCCCACGAGUCUGCGACAGGAGUAGCAGCACCAACAGCCUUAUUGGCGUCCCUCCCUCGCGCCAGGCCGAAUUCCUCGUGCGAGAGUAGCCCCGUUCAGGUGAACAUCGAUGUCGUCUCGGGGACCAUCCUGCCAAGCCAUGCCCAGGACUCGUCUGAACGAAGGCUAAAGUCGUCGCUUGUCUCGAGUGACCUGAUUCAACCCCCACCAGCGGCCCAUACCCAAGACAGCACACUACACCAUUACCAACAGCAACAGCAGCAACAACGCCAUUCAAGUCAAGGGGUCGUAGGCCCGAGCUUGACAGGCGUGUCAGGUCAACAACAACAACAACAACAACAACAACAGGGAAAUACUAGUAGUCAAAACGGAACAGGCUCGACUGGCCCAGGAGCAGCUACUACCGGUGUAGCCACCACCAAGACGGCCAGUGGUAUCAACAAUAACACCAACAAUACCAAUGCCAAUAUCAAUAAUAAUAAGGACGGCGUAGCCAAUGUCGACUCGAAAUUAAGACAGGAGCACUAUGACCACAUCAAAAACAACAUUUUUGGACGCAGUAGUAGUAGCGACCAUGACAACGACUCUGUGCUCCCUCCUGCCAAUGGCAACGAUGACCACCAACAGGCUCACCAGCAGAGUCAAGCAAACGGAGCCAACAGCAACAAAGAUACCCAACAAGACCAGGAACACGACUACAGUCAUCAGGAACAAGAACAGGAACCACCUGCACCUCCUCCACCAGAGCCAAGCAUCCCCUUUGCUGUCCUGGAGCCAGGCGAGCCAAUCCUGGUCAAGCGACCUCAUUUGUCGCCAUUGAUCAUCCCUUCGUCGCUGCCUUCCUCUGCCCGCUCGCCACCUCAGACAAAGUCGCUAGAACUCUCACCGACGGCGCGCAUUCCCUUCUUGGGAUCGGGCGACAAGAGCAACAAAGCCGUGGAUAUCGACGAGAUGAUUUCAAAGCUGCUGGAUGCUGGCUACUCGGGCAAGAUCGCCAAGAACAUCUGUCUCCGCAACAGCGAGAUUAUCUAUAUCUGCCAGACCGUCCGGGAGGUGUUCCUCUCUCAGCCGACUUUGAUCGAGUUGAAUGCGCCGGUCAAGAUUGUAGGCGAUAUCCAUGGACAGUACACGGACUUGCUGAGGAUGUUUGAGAUGUGUGGGUUCCCCCCGUCAGCCAACUUUUUGUUCCUGGGCGACUAUGUGGAUAGAGGCAAGAUGAGUCUCGAGACGAUACUUUUACUGUUUUGCUACAAGAUCAAGUACCCCGAAAACUUUUUCUUGCUCCGUGGUAAUCACGAGUGCGCAAGUGUCACCAAAGUCUACGGAUUCUAUGACGAGUGCAAACGCCGAGCGAGUAUCAAGAUGUGGAAGGCCUUUGUUGAUGUGUUCAACUGUCUACCCUUGGCAGCCAUUGUCGCCAACAAGAUCUUUUGUGUCCACGGAGGUCUCUCGCCAUCCCUGGGAACCAUGGACGACAUUCGCGCCCUGCGACGACCAACUGACGUCCCCGACUAUGGACUGCUGAACGAUCUCCUGUGGUCAGACCCUUCGGACACGGCACUAGACUGGGAAGACAACGAGCGCGGAGUGUCGUACUGUUUUGGGCGCAGCAUCAUCCAAAAGUUCCUGAACAAACACGACUUUGACCUGAUCUGCCGCGCACACAUGGUGGUCGAGGACGGGUACGAGUUCUUUAACGAUCGAGCCCUGGUCACGGUCUUUUCUGCGCCCAACUACUGUGGUGAGUUUGAUAACUUUGGGGCUGUAAUGAGUGUGAGCGAAGAGUUGCUCUGUUCGUUUGAGCUGCUCAAGCCCAUUGACCAGGCGACGGCUCGUGCGCAGAUGCAGAGUUUGGCGGCGACGAACGGCGGUUGGAGGGUGAACAAGCAGCGCCUCAGCAUACCCGAUGGCAAUUCUGUCUAUGGGGUCACGCAGAACACGGGCUUUAGCAACUGA